CUUAAAACCUCCUCCUGCUCCUUUAUUUAUUACUCUUCUUCAAUUCAAUUUCUCUGAAACCAAACAAGAGAAAAAAAUGGGGAAUUGUCAAGCAGUAGAUACAGCAACACUAGUGAUACAAUACCCAAGUGGUAAGGUUGACAAACUCUUUUGGCCUGUAAAUGCUUCUGAGAUCAUGAAGAUGAACCCUGGUCACUAUAUUGCUCUUCUUCUUUCCACCACCUUAUACCCCAAUUCUAAUGCUCAAUGUCCUAACAAAACCACCACCACCACCGCCGCCACGGCCGCCAAGAAUGAUUCUCUUAGGAUAACAAGAAUCAAGCUGCUCAGGCCUACUGAUACACUUGUUCUUGGCCAUGUUUAUAGACUAAUCACUAAUGAAGAUGUUAUGAAAGGGUUGUUGGCCAAGAAACAAGCAAAGCAGAAGAAAAAAGGGGUUUCUGAAUCAUCAUCAGAGAAGGCUGAUGUGAGUUCAGGAGUAGAUUUUGAAGUAAAAAGAUCCCUACUUGACAAGAAUUAUCAGGUGAGCAACAAAACAGAAAGAAACAGAGGAAGAACAGCAACAGGUACCAACUCUGGCAGUGGCACAGUCACAGGCAGAUCAAGAACAUGGCAACCUUCACUCAACAGCAUCUUAGAGUCUGCCACCAAAUAAUCAAUGUUUCUUAUGACACAAGCAACAGAUCAGCACACCUGCACAUAAAUCUGCCAUUCUUGCAAAAAAUAUUAAUUAAUACAGAGAUCAAGCAGGGAUUCUGAUGCUGGUGCUGGUGCUGCAGGGUUGGUGUAACAGAGAGAUUAAUUGCAGUGAAUCUCCCAAUCAAAUUGUAGAUUUGAGUACUUCACAGUUGUAUAGAAAAAGGACUUCUCUUAAUUAAACAUAGUUGUAAUCUUUAGCAUAUUCUACUUUCUAAAUUAAAAUUAGACUUUUUGCUCA